CAGACGUCCUGUUGACGCAGGGGGAUCAGCAGUGGAAGCCGCUAUGGGAGGAAGCUCCGUUACACAGCCUCAAAAAGAAACCAGUAGCAUUCUGACCGGCUGAGCUCCAGCUACGGAGUAGCAACCCAUACCCCGCCAUUUCUUUCCUGGAUUUCUCACCGCGCGCAACUUUGUCUGCAAUCAUUUCCCCACCAUUGUUUACAAGAUCGCACCAUCACCAAAACAUCAACAAUGUCCGCACAAGACUAUUACAAUAGCGCCGGCGGAGGUGGAGGCUCGGGAGGCCAACAGAACUUCCAGCCCCCGUCCCAAAGCUACGAUCAGCAGGGCUUUCACCAGCAGAACCAGGGCGGCCAGCAACCGCAGCAACAGUACCAGGCCUAUCACCCGGGCGGCCCUCAACAGCCGCCGAACCCUCCUUACAGUCAGCAAGGAUUCCAGCAGAAUCCUGGUGGAAAUGCACCUUACCAGCAGGGCUACCAGCCGCCUGUAUACCAGCAGCAGCAGCCGGGCCACGGUGCGCCACAGCAGUUUGCCCAGAAUCCCUACGGUAGCCCACCGCCUCUUGCCGGUGAUGGUCAGGACCGCGGUCUAGCGGGUGGUCUGCUCGGCGCCGGAGCGGCGGGUCUCGCGGCGCAUGCGGUGGGCGGAGGAGGACUGGCCACGGUCGCCGCAGGAUUGGUUGGGGCUGCGGGCGGCCACCUGGUGGAGGAGAAGCUGUCUGGUGGCAAGAUCAAGAAGGACAAAAAAGACAAGAAGGACAAGAAGGAUAAGAAAGAGAAAAAGGACAAGAAGGACAAAGUGAAGAAGGUCAAGGACAAGCAUAAGCGCAAAGGAAGUGGAAGCUCUAGCUCGAGCAGCUCGAGCAGCAGUGAUUCGGACUAGGAGCUGGUGCCUGCCGAGCUAUUAGUCCGGGGUCGCAGGUCAGAUCGCUGAUCUCCAUACUAGAUAGAUGCUUCCAGAAAUCUUGGCGUUUCCUUCUCGGAAUUUUUGCGAUCAUGCCGGCUUGGCGCCCGCCGAGAAGGGCUGGCCGCAAAAGUAGGUAGUGUAAUGAUCGCCACGGACGGGGAAAGCAACUUCGCUUCGCCUAAUAGCAUGACUUCACAUUUGGUGGACAGAUUCAUAACUGUGCCAAAACUAAAAAGACCACAUAUGUGUUCUCCUUAACUUUUGAGUGACUGGAUAUAAGCAUCAAUUUGACAAAACCAACAUUUACGCGCUGAAUAACCAACGAGACGGC